CUCCACAAGAAGAAGAAGAAGAAGAAGAAGACUGUAAACAAACAGCUAGAAGUGAUGUGAGAAGCGGAUAACUUUGGAGGAUUGUUGAGAUGGAGUUGGACUGUUUUUGUCGUUUGUGCCAAAAAGACAUGCGAGUAGCCGGUUUACUACAACACUAUACCAGACUGUACAACCUUCGGGAAAGGUUACAGAAAGUGAGAGUGCACGUUUCGAAUAGACCGGGGAAGCCCAGUCGAGUCUGUCGAGCUUGUACACAGAUACUACAUAGACUUGAAAGAGAUCUGCCAAUUUAUUGGAGGUGGAUUGAGAACGAGGUCGAAGAAGAUGCCUCCGCACAACCAACAGGUGCUGAAAAGACAGCUCGGGAGCCUACUCCCUCGAAAACGCCGAGAGAGAUGCUCCGCCACAACACCGAAAAUCCAGGGAGAUCUGUCGCUGUUGGGCGGAAUAUAGCUGAGAUUCUUCAAGGAAGUCAACAACUCACAUCGAAACCAACUUGUGAUGCUGAGAAACACCAUUCUGCGACGCAGCGAAAACUAAACAAAGCGGCCAACAUGGUGACCUGUGAUGGACCAGUUUUUGUAUCCAGUCCUGUCAUUCCCUCUGCACCAGUUUUUGUAUCCGAUCCUGUCAUCCCACCUGUACCAGUUUUUGUUUCCAAUCCUGUCAUCCCCUCUGCACCUGUUUGUGUAUCCAAUCCUGUUAUUUCACCUGCACCGAUGGUGUGUGUAAAGUCAGAGAAAAUGGAGGAAGAUGAACAACAAUGUCAAGUGUCUUUGGAAAAGGCGACGCAGACACACAACCCUGAGUGGGAGCGUGUCUUGCGCCAUGUAUUACGACGUAAUUUACGUGCACAAGAAUCUGGAAUGGCAACAACUGAAAGCUCUCAAAACGGGGCAAGGAACAGUGUUAUGGAGGUGGUUCUGCAUGAUCACUCCCGGUCUCAGAGCCAUGUGUGUGCAGAUGAUGACACAUCAAACCUAGUGGAAGCCAUCGCAAAGAAAAAUUGGAGACGGGCUGCCAAAAAGAUCAUGAGACACACAGAGCUACUUGGACCUGUCACUGACAACAUCCGGCUCCUCAUUGAGGACGAAUGCAAGAAGCUCUGCAAUCCAGACGCCGGUUUCAUGCUGGCCAAGACGUCUCUCGAAGAUCUGAAGGCGUUCUCCCUUCAGAAAUUACGCACAGACCUCCAGCGCCUUGCUCCGUAUUUGCUGUCGAUUUUCUCGUGCGUCUCCAGAAAAUCUGAGAACAUUGCAUGUGUCGCAGCAGCGAUAGCUUUGAGAGGCCGAGACCAUCGCUUCGUAGCCUUUUCGCACUAUCUGACUAACAUCCUGCUGUAUGGUGGGGUGAGGAAGAGAGUCCUUGAUAGCAUCAUAAAAUUUGGCAUAACCACUUCGUACAAUACUGUGUUGAGGAAACGGAUGGAACUUUCGAGCGGUGGAGAGGACUUUGAACCACUGAAAACAACCAACAAAACAUUCCUGAAUGAAGAUGAUGAUGAUGACGAAGACAGCAGAUCAGCCAAUGAUGGAUGUGUGCAAGGGAGCAAAAACGACGUUGCCGAAGGAACUACCAGAACGAGCAUGCCCGAUGUUACUGUGAGAGACCAGAGUGAAACCAUGCACGAUAGCCCAUUGCAGAGCACUCAUGAGAACCCCAGUGGAAUGGAACAGACUACAAGUGUCAACACUCCAUCACAGAGGGACCAGGAACUGGAGUCCAAUGAAGAUACAGAUGCACCCUGCAAUAUACACCCCACACACUUGAAAGGGCGCCCUGACGUCAAUCAGUAUCUAAAGGACCUGGUCUACAAAUGUCCAUGCUGCAAGUUCUCUACGGAAUACAAGCACAAAUUCAACUUUCACAUGGACUUCCACAUUAAUUACGCUGUUCCAUUUAAAGGGUACUACAUCUGCAGAUGCCAAAUGCUGUGUCGUCUAACACGACAGACGUUGCUUCCAAAUGCAGUGCUCAGUGCAGAGUCGCACUUCCAUUGUCUUUUCUGCCCGCUUACAAUUGAGGUCAAACAAAACUUCGCGCUGCAUUUGAUGUAUUGCUCCAUGCCACCUCAUCCUUUUCCUGCCUCCACUGACAACGAUCAGCCCUCCAACCACAACCCUCUGCCCUGCAGUGCUGGAGCCACUAAGGAUCCACCAUCUCCUGCCACUCCAUCUGGACAGCGUUUGAUGGGUCACCAUAUGGCUUGCCAAACUGAUCCACCAGAAACGACUACUGUUGCAACACAAUUGUCCAUCGAGACAUUUAAACCCCACUGCAAAAGCAGAGACACACAGACGUCGGUGGUCUACAGCGAUGUCUGUGCCAGCACUGAAUCGGAGACGAUCGAGAGAUUUCCCUUUGAUCCUUACGAGAGACCGAGCAAGAGGCCACGUCUGGACCUGGAGGAGGACCCUGAGAACCUUUUGGACAGCAGCUCAUUGAUGGACAUCGGGGAGACAGUGACCAUUUUCGCCGAGUCUGCAGAUUUGACAACUUCGCAUACACCUGUCCAAAAGAUGUCUACGUAUAUUGUCUACGAAUCCUGCUUAAGGGAGCUGUUUUCAGAGUGUCCUGACUGCAAGAUGAAAGCAGAUGUCCGUACAAGACGUGUGGACACAUUCGUGACGGUGCAGCAGCACUGUCAAUAUUGUCAGUACUCUCGACGGUGGAACAGCCAGCCUGUUCUUGGAAGCACUCCUGCAGGGAACCUACAACUGGCUGCGGCCAUUUACAUCAAUGGUGCAUCUUUCACCAACACCGAAAAGAUUUUUAAGACGAUGAACUUGAAGAUGUUGUCCUACAAGACCUUCCAAAGACACGCCCGUAUGUACAUAGAGCCAGCUAUCGUCCACAAGUGGAGGACGACCCAAGAUGGCCUGUUGGCAGAGCUUUCUCAACAGCACCUCAUCCACCUUCGUGGAGACAUGAGGACAGACUCUCCAGGCCGUACUGCCAGGUUUGGCAGCUACACCAUGAUGGACCUCAGAAAUAACAAAGUCAUCGAUAUUCAGCUAGUUGAGAGAAGUGAGGUCAGUGCCAAUGAGAGCAUGGAGACAAAAGGCCUGGAAAGGAGUCUCACUCUCUUGAAGGACCAUGACGUGAGACCUGACACCGUCGUCACAGAGGCUCGACCGGAGAUAGAGGAGUUCCUCAGUGAGGCCACCUUCACACACUACUAUGAUGUUAGACACGUCGAAAAGGGACUUUCCAAGAAGCUACAAACAAUGUCGCAUAAGAAAUUCUUCCCAAGUCUGAAGAAAUGGUUCCCCACCAUAAGAGAACACCUGUAUUGGACAGCAGAGACCUCCACCACGGGACCGGAGAGAGAAGCAAAGUGGCGAUCACUCAUGUAUCGCGUUCGCAAUGUCCAUGUCCACGGCGACCCUCGAUUCCCUCAGGACGGUCUGCACACUUCACGAAAACGGAAUCCACCGCAAUGGCUGAUAGAUGGAUCGCAAGCCCUCUCAGAAUUGAGGAAGGUACUAGGCACUGAGAAGAUCGUGAAUGAUAUAUGGAAACUCAGCCCUCAUCCCCACACAACUUCACUUGAGGAUUUCCACACUGUGAGCAAGGGAUUUGCACCCAAAAAUGUGAUUCUUCCCUAUCAAGGAAGACUAUGCAGGUUGUAUUUGGCAGCGCUGCACUUUAAUGAGAACUCAGGCCGUCCCCAAGCGACCUCAGCUGAUGGUGAGCCCCUGUUCAGGGUGGCGUUUCCCAAGUCCCAGACCGGAGAAUGCACAGACAAGCCAGUGAAGGUGGAGCCAACAUACCGCUACGAGGAAGAGCUGGUGGACUUGGUGUUUGACAAGGUCUUCCCGGACCCCACUCCAUAUGUGGAAGAGGUGCUGAAGAUCCCCAGACCUCCAGAUGUGCCUUCACGCUUUGACCAACCGUGUAGUCAGGAUGUUGUAUCCGGCUACGUCUCCAUUAUCAAUCGAGGAGGCAAGCCUCCCCUCUAUUGACCUCCUGAUGUGCCUUCACGCUUUGACCAACCGUGUAGUCGGGAUGUUGUAUCCGGCUACGUCUCCGUUAUCAAUCGAGGAGGCAGGCCUCCCCUCUAUUGACAUUCCCCCGAGAGAACUUUAUUCCAAGUGAGAAGGAAAGUCACCGGAGCAUCUCUGAUGUGGAAGAUUAAUGUGUGAACUUUAUUCCAAUGCCUCAGCAGCACAGCGCCUGAGGGCAGAUACAGUUUGGACAGUUUUUAUGUUGUUGAUCUUCUCAUCUAUUUUUGUACUAUUUAGUCCCAAUUGCCAUUACAGGCUGAAGAAGAGCAUUCAAGCCCAAAACUUUCAUAAUCGAAUAAAACAGAGGUCUGAGA